CCUGGUCAUCAUGCUUUGAUCCGGCCCCAGGCCCAAGGGGGGGUAAAGGUUAGCUGUGGGUCCUGAGGGCCCCUGCAGUCGUCCCUCCUUUUGUGCAACGGUGCCAAGGCGGAAAGGCUUCCAGGGGGUUGCAGGUGAUGAAUCCUUAACUCCCGAUAAAUACCUUGACUCCCGCUCAAUAACGGUGGAUGACUUUGCAUUUUCCCAAGUCUCUUCUCUUGUCCUGAGCUUGACCAUCGCCCUCUCAGUCGCUGACCUCUUGUGUUCCCGCCGUACUCUAUGACGUAGUUUCCCUCGCUGAGAUUCCUUAUAUAAGUAAACCUGACCAACGUGUUCACCACACCCCGUGUGUACUAUUGCCGUGUCACCUUCAAAAGCUCACUGCCUCAACAAAAUCUACCACUUCUCCGUCUCACCACCAUUACAACCUGCAAGAUGAUCGCCGUUCAGAGCAGCCAGGCCCAAAUGCCACAGCAACCAAUCCCAACCAAUUCUGGCCAUCUCACAACUACUACCUCAGAACCCACCCCAGUCACUCAUGGCGCAACAACCAAUGGUAAUAAACCCACAAAGAGGCAUCACAUAUACAUGGUCGGAGGAACCGCCGCAUGUGGAAAAACCACCAUCGCCCAAUACGUUGCCGACAAAUUGAAUCUCACAUAUAUCGAAGGCGACGAUGUAAGAACAAACUUCACUUUCCCAAACAAAUACACCAAAAUCAACAUACUAAAUCCACACAGUUCCACACCAAAGAAAACAAAGAGAAAAUGAACCGAGGCAUCGCCCUAACCGACGGCGACCGCUGGGACUGGCUCGAAAACCUACGCACCCAAUCCAUCGACGCCAUAAACAAAAACCACACGGGCGUAGUAAUAACCUGUUCAGCGCUCCGACGACGCUAUCGCGACGUCAUGAGAAUCGCCGCCUACCUCCACCCCGACGUCGACGUCCACAUCGUCCUUCUUCACGCCCCCUUUGAGGUUUUGCAAAACCGCAUUGCCGUCCGAGCCAAGACGACGAAUCACUUCUUUGACCCGCGGUUGCUGGAGAGCCAGUUCAAGACGUUGGAGAGACGGCAAGAUGAUGAGUGGGAUGUGAUCGAGGUGGAUGUUAUUGGGGAGAUGGAGGAGGUCAAGAAGGAGGCGCUGGAGGCUAUGAAGAAGCAGACUGAGUUGAAAGCUUCCAAUUCAACGACGAGCUCGUGACAUGAUUGAAAAAUGUCACCUGUUUAGCUUUGUUUGACUACGAUGGAAUGAGUUUCUUUGGGAUUGGACGGCGUUUCGGAUCAGCGAUUUUUUCCCCAUUAAUUUUCUUCUUUUGCUCUUGCCAGAGUGAGCAAAUUGGGCAAUGAGGGAUUUCUGGAAGGGCGUCUUACUUGCAUGCGAGUUUUUCAUGUGGCUCGGCUCGGCUAGGCUUUUUUUAAACUGCUGGGGAAUUCCCCCUUUUGUUCUCGCUUGCGUUUCAUGCGUCAAGGGGGAUUUCUACAUCAAUGAGGGCGUUUGGGAUUGGCUUUCGGUAGCGAGUUUUGGCACCAUGCCAUACAUAGAUGAGAAGGCAUGGAAUAGAUGGGGGACUUUAUCACGAGAUCUUGACGGUAUGCACAAUUAUAAUUAGGUAUCGCCCAAGGAAAUCUUCCGCUUGGUUAAAGUGUCUCGCGUCUCUUUUGCUCUAAGCGAUCUAUGUCUACAUAUAUAUGCUGUAACGCCAACAGCAUCCCCAGUCCCAUUGCGGAAGAACAGGCCCGUUGUUCCCAAUGUCUGCUUACUGCGGGUCAACCAGUGCACAACUGCCUUGGUAGCACAGCAUCGUGAGGCUGAUGCCAGGCAAGAGUGUUAUUGGUGGCCGUCCAGCAUCGCCAAUGCGAUGCCAUGAUUUCAGACCAGGCCCUUUGGGCUUUUGUACUCCCACACAUCCAACGCAAAUCGUUGGACCGGAAGUGCUUCCGCUGCAUUCCCAGAGGUUGUUUCUUUUGCAACCCAAGCAGGCCGCAUUAUCUCAGACGCAUGAUCAUACUGUCUGGGUCUUCGACAUAUCCCUUGACCACCUCAGCAGCUCGUGCCAUCGUCGCUCCAUCGAUAACCCGGUGGUCCGCACUCCAACUGAAGUUGCACACCUGCUUGGGUAUAACUUGGCCGUCCUCGCCAAAUGCUGGGAUGGUUCUCAUCUUCCCGACUCCGAGGAUCGCAACCUCCUUUUCGACAAUGACUGGAGAAACAUACGUCCCUCCAAUAUUUCCUAUAUUCGAUAGCGUGAUGGUCCCACCCGUCAAAUCCUGGGUUGAGAGCUUGCCAGAUGCAGCUAGGCUUUGCAGCCGGCUGAGUUCCGCGGCGAUGCCAAUAAUGUUGAGACUGGCAACGUUCUUGAUGACUGGAACCAAUAGUCCUGAUGGAGUGUCCAUAGCCACGCCGAUGUUGUGUUGACUGCGGUGUAUCAUGACCGGCUUCCCUGAUCCGGCUUCCGCGUCGACUCUUGCAUUCAGCAUGGGGUAACGGUCCAGCGCCAAAGACAUGGCCUUGACAAUGAACGGCAAGAAGGACAAUUUGCUGACUUCCUCUACAGGUGACUUGGUGAGGCUUUUAUUUAGCCUCGAGCGUAGUUCCGAGAGCUUGUUGAAGUCUAGCUCAUCGGCGUAAAGGAAGUGAGGUUUGGACAGGGCUUUGGUCAUGGACUUGAACAUUUGAGACUGCGUGUUUGUCAAGGGGACUGCCAUCUCGAUCUGUUUUGCGCUGGCAGCAGCUGCAUUCGUGUUGUUGACUGCAAGCGAAGAAGGGGUUUGUUGGGCUGGGGAUCCGCUAGCCGCCCGUUGCCUGGCAAAUGCAUGCACAUCUUCUUUCAUGACCCUUCCUUCUCUCCCUGUGCCUUGAAUAUCUGCGAGGCCAAUCUUUAACUCUUUUGUAAGGUGUCUGACUGCUGGCGUGGCUAAUGAUGCAUGUUUGCCUUUAGGUUUAUAGUUGGUUGCAGUAGCAUUCUCGCUUGGCGUGGAUGUUCGUGAUGAAGAGUCCCGACUACUCGCAGUAUUACUCUGGUUUGAAGCGGGUAUUGAUGAAGAGGAUUUGGGUUCCUCGUUUGUAUGGACCGGAUUACUAUCCGUUGCGUCUUCUUUGACAGGAGACCCCGUCAACUCUGCCAGGUCUUUCUCAUUGACCUCACUUUGAAUGUCAAUAUCCAGCAGCGGUUUUCCAACUUUUGCCAUAUCCCCAGCCUCGUAAUGUAACUUCUUGAUCACACCACCGAAUCUGCUUGUAAUUUCCACGGAGGCCUUAUCGCUCUGGACCUCACACAACUUGUCCCAUUCUUCCACUCGCGCUUCCGGUUCGACAAACCAUUGUAUGAUUUCGCAAUCUCUGAUUCCUACAGACUGAGUUAGACCAUGUCCAGUAAUCAGGAACAAUCCAACCAAAAAACCCCACCUUCUCCGAUAUCUGCCAGCAGAAACGGCUUAACAACUUGACACUUUCUUGACGAAUGGAAGGCACGAUGUCCCGGAAAUCCUCCCGCCAACCUAACGCCUCUCGAGAAAUUGACUUGUUGGAGAACAGACCGGGUAACCGAGUGAAGACGCAUUGUGUUGACACAGAAAAGCCUUCCUGGAUAAAGUCAAGCCCAAGCAAGAUUUUACAUGUUGAAGUACUUGGGAAUUGUUCCAAGAAUGCGGGACAGGGACGCAGUGCGGGUUUGCGGGAGAAACGCAACGCCAUCAGGCCGUGAAUAGCCGCAUGGCCUGGGGAAAUCU